UAAUCACGUGAACGUAUGACGCGUCCAGGCCAUAGUCAGGCGAAGCCGCGGUUACGCACGUUGCGUAAAAGUCGCGGGAGUAUUUUCAAGCGGCGGGUAACACAGCUUCUUAUCAACAAACACGCUCGCGUUGUCUCUCCCUGAUUCUGCACAAAAACCAGACGGACGCGGGAGAAGCUCGUCUUGAACAUGGAGGGAGUUCUUAUGGGCGAACUACUGUUCAAACACAUUUCUUCACCGUGGACUCACACGGACCAUGAGGAGGAAGCGCUGAAAGUCAUGAUGCUGCUUCAAGCUAAUUGGACGCAACCUGAGAGAUGCAGACAAUAUCCGGACCCUGCGGCGGCCAUUGACUCCACUCACACCGGAAAUCACAAGAAGUUCAUCUCAGGAGCAACACAGGAUUUGGACAGAGAGGACUGACAGCCUUGCCUAGCACCCGGCCUCUGAUCAGCCAUCUCCACCAGCAAACUGAAGCUUGACCCGCACUUCAUCACCAGCCACACAAGCAUCUUCGUAACAAAACGUCAUCUGACUGUGACAUCAGUUGCAAGGGGAUGACCGAGCGCAUUCAUAACAUCAAUCUCCACAACUUCAGCAAUUCUGUACUUGAGACCCUCAAUGAGCAGCGCAACCGUGGGCACUUCUGUGACGUGACUGUUCGGAUCCAUGGAAGUAUGCUGCGAGCUCACCGGUGCGUGCUGGCCGCUGGAAGCCCCUUCUUUCAGGACAAGCUGCUCUUGGGCUACAGCGACAUUGAGAUCCCUUCUGUGGUCUCGGUGCAAUCCAUCCAAAAGCUGAUUGACUUUAUGUACAGUGGGAUCCUGCGGGUGUCUCAGUCAGAGGCCCUGCAGAUCCUUACUGCUGCCAGCAUCCUACAGAUCAAGACCGUCAUCGAUGAGUGCACCCGCAUCGUGUCCCAGAAUGUGGGCCUGGCAGGGCCAGGGGGGUUUCCUGUUAUGCCAGGAGACUCUGGUCAGGAAACACCCCGCGGCACGCCGGAGUCUGGCACCUCUGGGCCCAGCAGCGACGCAGAGUCAGGUUAUAUGCAAGCAACAUCACAGCAAAGUAUGGAUCGUGCAUACACAUCAUUGUACACCUACCCUGGCCUCCCUCUGCAGAACGGCACCCGCGAGCGCCCCCUUUAUAUUAACCCUAUGUCGACAAACUACGAUUCAACUCUCAGCAAUCAGAAGGACCAGCAGUCUCAAGAUCCGCCCUGGAUAAACCGCAUCCAGGAGAGGUCUCAGCAGGGCGAUCGCUUCAUCACAGGAGAGACCACCCACUGCCGCAAGCAGCCCCGACCGGUACGCUUACAAACAGGAGGGAUGCACAUAAAGCAGGAGGCCGAAGAUGAGUACAGCUGCUACGGGGACUGCCAAGACGACACUGACCAUACUGAGGGUGUAGAGAGUGAAUCCAAGGUUGAAUGUUUUGACUCAGGGGUGAGCUCUUCCAUCAGCACUGAGCCAGAUGCUAUGGAGCAGCAGCCGUACCUGACGGGCUUUGGACGAGAAGGGAGCGGGGACGGGCACCACGGUGAAGGAGUUCCAGUACAGAUAGAGGUCAAUGACUCGUCCCCAGAGCAAGUGCACGAGUCAGAGGAUGGGGACACAUCCCACAGCACUAGUGACAGUAGCAUGAUGCAGCCCCUGCCAAACUCAGUCAUGUCCCAGGCCCUGCAAAAUGCCCCGCCCUAUAUGCGCCAGGCAGAAUCACACACCAGCAAUCUGAGGAUGCCGCUCACCGUGACCAGCAAUUCCCAAGUGAUGGGCACUGCUGGAAGCACCUUCCUGCCCACACUCUUUCCUCCACAGCUGGCUAGAGACAACAAGCCUUUCCCUUUCCUUCCUGGCCAGCAGCAGGCACAGUUUGUGGCAGUGCCACCUCCUGCAAUGCCAUCAUUCCCAAACCCCAUGUCGGUACAGCAAGCGCCAACUCAACAGCAACAGGCUGCAGUAGGAAUUGGUCAGGGGGAAAAGAAGCCCUAUGAAUGCACUCUCUGCAGUAAAACCUUUACUGCAAAACAGAACUACGUCAAACACAUGUUUGUCCAUACUGGUGAGAAACCUCAUCAGUGCAGCAUCUGCUGGCGCUCAUUCUCCCUGAAGGAUUACUUAAUCAAACACAUGGUGACACACACAGGGGUGCGGGCCUACCAGUGCAGCAUCUGCAACAAGCGCUUCACCCAGAAGAGCUCUCUCAAUGUCCACAUGCGGCUGCACCGAGGAGAGAAGUCCUAUGAGUGCUACAUCUGCAAGAAGAAGUUUUCACACAAGACCCUGCUGGAGAGGCACAUGGCCCUGCACAGCACAGGCAGCGCCAUCACGGGGCUGUCGGGGAGCGCAUCCACCCCGGGCCCCGUCUCCAUUCCCAUGCCUAUGGCUGUCCCUGAGCCUGGAGCUGGAGUGGUGGCCCUCGCCAUGCCAGUGAGUGGAGGUGCUGGAGUAGGGGCUGGGGUUGGAACAGGAGUGGGUGUAGCUGCAGAAGCGAGCUGCCAAGAAGGGACCACCUACGUGUGCUCCGUCUGCCCUGCCAAGUUCGACCAAAUGGAGCACUUCAAUGACCACAUGCGAAUGCAUGUCUCCGAUGGAUAAGUACAAAUAGAUAAACUUCUUUCAAAAAGAAUGACAAAUAAAAUGGCACUAGAUUUUCCUUUUCUUAUUUUGAGGUAUGAAGAGUAAUGAGUAUAGACACUGGCACAUUAAGUUUCCCAAAAAAAGAUUUUUUUUUUGUUAUUCUAAAAGAAAAAAAAGAUGGUGGCCUUAAGGCUUAGUAGUUUGAUAUUGAUCUACUGGAUGGAUCCUAACUACAGGCCUCUAAAUGUAUGCUUUCCUAAAAUACUGAUUUAUGUGUUGAACACUACCGAAAGGCCUACGAAAGAAACACAUACACACAAACACACCUUUAGUGUAGAUCUGUCUGAGUGAAUAUACAUGUGCAUUUAUGUUUGAGCGUCUGUGUAUUUGCAUGUCAGUCCAAGUGUGUGUGUGUGUGU